ACAGCUUCCUAAAUGAAGAGUAUUGUUCACAUAAUUAGUCUUUGAUUUUUCGUCUGCUUUUAGAAUAGAGCAAGAACGCGCACGUGAAUGGAAGCAAAAAAGGCGCGGAACAUUACUGAUAAGGGAUAAGUUACGUGCGAAGGCACAAGUGUCUUUUGGCAGUUACCAAACUUGAUUCAGAUAUCGAAAGAUAUUUUAUUUACGACUUUGUCACAUGAAAAUUAUAAAUAUCUAAGAUGAAAGAUACUUUUAUAAAAUAACUCUAGAGCGUGACAUAAGACGGAUAUCGAAUAAGUGUCUGUAACAGAACGACUAUCAAGUCACUUUAGUUGUUUCUAAAGAUAUGGACCGGUUAUUAACAAUAGUUACGUGCAUCUAUUAUUUGGCGUUCUACGUUGCCGCCAUUCCAAUAUACAACACGGAGAAGACUUCACUACAAGAUGUUUAUAACAAGUGUAACUCAGCUGCAGCAAACAAAGUCAUUUUUGAUUCCGCAGAACCACCAUCGAACUUUCUGUUAGACAUGCGCAAUGAAAAUGAUGUAAAUGCAAUCAUCGUUGCAUUAACGCGAAAUGACGAUAACAACAUUUCUGACGUGUUCGGUAAAAAACUAAGCUUACUCGAUCAAGAUCUUCGUCUGAAGCAGUUAUUAGAUACCAUGAACGACUUGCGUAGGGAGUGUAUAUUUGAAUACAUAUCAGAAAAGCGACCGACAAAGAACAUGAAAAAGGAUGCAGAAAAGUUUGAAAAUUUAGACCCCGAUAAUUUUAGCGACCUCGGGAUUAAAGAACUGUUGAGCACAAACAAUGGGUAUAUAAGCGAAUCUGUCAAGAGAAAUAGAGCAAUCGGGUUAAAUCCAACAGGCUGGAGAAAGCGCCGAAGUGAUUCGAGGGAUACCGAAGAUCUUACAAAGUUCCUGAGAAACAUGAGAGAACUUCUUGAAAAACGAGAGAGACUUUCAUUUAACCCCACUGGAUGGUAGCAUAUUUACAUUUUAAAUGUUCAAAUCAAUUAUUUGAAUGUCAUACGACAUGAUUUGAAAAACAGUAACUAUACCAACAGUUUAUCAAAUUGAAAAUGUUGACGAAUACAAGUUUUAGUAACUUUACAAUGAUAAUUAUCAACUGCAAAUUAAGUUUAUUUCUAUAUCUUACUGUCUUACCAGAAGGCCCCUAUUUUAAUUUCUUUCUUAUUUAAAGUUUGAAAUAUAUAUUUUACAGCAGUAUGUAGGUAUAAACUUUACAGUACUGUAAUUCAUUUUAAUCCAAUAUGCAAUCAAUAUUUUAGGAAAUUCAACGUGUAAAAUUUUUAAUAUAUAAAAUGAUACAUAUUUUCGAUGUAUCUAUAGUAAUUAAAUAAAAACUAAAUGUUCCAGAAACAUCAUACAACGCAAACUACCAUAUAAUUUUGAAGACAUGUUUAAAACUAAUGAAUAUUUUUUUUUUUUUUUAAAUGUCCCUAUGACCACUCUUUAAAUCAUUUCAGUUGUUGUAUACAUCUGUGUCAGAAAUAUCAAAGACUAUGUUAGAUAUCUAAAGAGAACUAAACGAAACAACUUUUUACAGAAUAAAUGAAACAAAUGUAGCUGGACAUGACUGAUACAUGAUCCAACAAGAUGUCAAUUUUCUUGCAUCUCUUUGUAAAACUGCUAAUUCUUAAAGUUCAUAGUAAAAAUUUAAGAUUUCUUACUUUUGCGACAGGUUCAAAAUGUUUUAAAAAGAUAUAUCAAUGAACAUUUGUGUCAAAAAGGGUCAGCUUUAUUUCGACAUCUUGGCUUUUGCAAAUUCAGAAGCAGGAUUAAAAUUCCGCGUUGUAAUAAAUAAAUAGCGUCUGGGUAAGGUUACAUUAUGAAAACAUAUGGUAUGCAUAUAAUUUUGACUUAACAUACUAAUGCAAUUUUGCAGACACCACCCCCAUAUAGGUGACAAUGCACGUUAUAUAUACUGAACAAAACAGCUAACCCGCCAUUAGUUCUUUUGCCAGUAAUUUACAAAUUACAGAACGUACAAUUUUGAAAUUUAGUCUAGAUUUGCUGUUGAUAAGUUUUCACAAUUUCAAAAAAAAAAUAUUUUAUUAUAUUAAAUUCGCACAUUUUUCGACUUCAGCACAUCUUUGAAAAGUCAUUAAAUACUCUAAAACAUCUAGAAUUUACCAACUAGUGAAAAACUUAUGAGGUAAGAAAAUGACAAAGAAACAAAGCGUUGUCAUGCCCUAUCGUAAAAGAGCAUUUCAUAUGUGUGUGAAAUUUAAACAUUUCCUAGUAAAAUUCAAAAUCUACAACUUCUUUAUUUCUAUAAACGCAUCUUUCAUGUGUAUUUUUGUGACUUUUAAAAACGGACAUUUAUAGUAAAACGAAUAAAAUUAUAUUUUUGUGUAAUUUAAUACUAUUGAAAUUUCCAUUUUUUGAUAAAUCGAUCUAACUUUCCCUUUAAUUUAAGAAAUAUACUUUCAGUAAAUUUGAAACUAUUUGCAAAAUAGCAAAUGACGGGUUAGAUCUUUGGUUUAGUAUAGAUAAAAACGCAGCUAUAUAUAGUUAACUGUCAAUUGCCAUGACAACAGUGAAAAUCCAAUAAAUAUCUGAAAGAU